AUGUUUAUAGAUAUAAGCAUAGCUCAUCCUGAAUUAUAUAUUACUAAAUGUUCAAACACAAUUAAAGUGUAUUUAAACGAUCUUCGCAAUUUGGAAUUCAUAGGCAUUCAUAAAUCAAUUCCUUCAACAUUGUUACUUAAUAGUAUAAAAGAAUGUAAAAAUAAUAAUUUUAAGUUUGAAGAAAGCUUUGCAAAUAAUCUGAUUCAAGGCUAUUUAGAAUCAACAAAAAAUUAUAUUUUAGUUAUUACUAAGCCAUUUACUCAAAUUCAAUAUAAAUAUAUAAAUGUGUUUACACCUAAAGACACUAUUAUACCGGCACUUAUGGUUACCCUGGUGGUUAUUUCUAGUAUAUUAUUAAUAUAUAUAGUUAAAAAAGAAUGGAGUGCAUUAGCUAAUUAA